CCGUCUCCGGAGCGACCAUGGCGCUGAACGGUGGCGCGGACGAGGUCGAGGCGCGGCGGGAGCGGCUGGACCGGGCGAGCCGGGCCAUGGGGGGGCUUCUGCUCCGGGGGUACCGAAUGUUGGGGAGCUCCUGCCCCCAAUGCGGGACGAUUCUGCUGCAGGACAAGGAGCAGCGGCUGCUCUGUGUGACCUGCCAGGACCCCGAGGGGCCCCGGGGGGGACACGCUCCUCCCCCCUCGCCCUCCCCCGCCGCCCCCCGGCCCGAGCACUGCGAGGGGGCGGCCGCAGCUUUUCGGGGAGCUCCCCCCGGUCCCCCCGAGCCCCCCGGUGCUGGCGGGGGGGGCGCGGUGGGGGCGGCGCGGGCGGCGGUGCUGCAGAAGCUGCUCUGGGCCGCUCAGGAGCUGCCAAAAACGGCGUCGGCCGAGGGCAGUGCCCAGCUGUGCCAGCUGGUGCGGGCCUGCGCCGAUGCCCUGGGGGGGCUGCAGGCCCUGGACCCCCCCCGCGGGGCCGCAGAGCCCCCCCCGACAUCGUGAGAGUCCCCCCAAAAAUCUCCUCUGGAUCCCCUCCCCCCUCCCGGAGCGCCAUAAAUGCUGCCCGUGGUGACCACCCC